GUCUUCUACCUAAAGUGUAGCACAACCCCUUGCUUGUUGUUAUUCAAACUGAACGCACGCGGCUCGUCGCGCCUUGCGAGGUAAGAAACCAAACAAAAACAAAGAAGCUAUUCGGCACUCUUCUCGUUGUUGCGCGCCAGCCAUCCGAUAAGCUCGAAACCUGCUUUUACUGUUCUUAUUUCUAUUACUACUAUCUUCGUGUGUGUGUGUGUGGGUGUGUGCCGUCAACGCACGAUGGUCUCUACAGAAGCGAAGAUGACGACGGCGCGUGUGUGCGUGGUGCUGAGCACCGUCGCCGCCGCGCUCGGCAUCGCGGCCAUCAUGCGCCUCCCACUCUACGAACUCCGCAUGGACAGCAUCAACUCCUCCAUCACGCAAUCCCUCUUCACCACCGACAUCUACACCCCCGUGGCGGAAAAGCACAUCCCUGUCCGCCGCUUCACCGAGAAGUGCGAGAGACUGCAGACGGCGUUUCGCGUGGCGCAGAUCGGUGCCAUCGCGGCGGCAGCGCUGCUGGCCCUCGCCUUCGUGUGCGGACUGCUGCACCUGGCACCGAGCUUCACAAAGACCAACCACCGCGUCCGUCGCGUGUGCGGGGUGCCCAUCUGCGUCCUCCUCCUCCUCACCGCCGUGGCGCUCGGCAUGGACGCGUACAUCGUGAAGGCGCUGUACGAGAAGGAUACGUGGUGCAAGCAGCCGGAGAGCAUCACCAGUGUGUUUGCUCCGCCGAAUUGGCCGGGGCAGACCACCGAGGAGGGCGAGGCUCCGGCAGCAGCAGCGACGGUUUUCUUCGUGGUGGACCCGCCUCGCGUGGUCGCCCAGCCUGCGGUUCUGCGGGAGGAGCGACGUGUCUUUGCGACGCCGGCGCGCUGGCGCAUGGAGUUCCCGGCCGGUGCGAUUCCCGCGAGGCCGGUAUCGCCGCUGGCGCACACGGCGGCCGACGACGCGGCGGUGGCGAAGCGGUGUAACCCCUUCGAGGACUGCAUCUCGGCGUACCGCGAAAUGGGCUUUGAGCGGGCGGUGGGCUACAACGUUGUGUGGGCCGCCUUGUGGAUCAGCGUCUUUGCCCUGGUGGUGGAGAUGAUGGUGAUGGCGGUCGGCGCGAGUGUUGUGCCGCAGGCCGGCGUUGCUGCGGAGACGGUGAGCCUGCUGCAGCGCCAGGAUGACGAUCGUGUGAUUUAA